AUGAAACAAGCCUUGAGGGCUCGCCUCAAGCGCCUCAGCGUGGAGGGCCUACCACCUGAGGUUCGACGACAUCUGCUUUCGACUCUUGACUUCCCUGGGUUGAAGGCCCUGGUACGCGCUUCUCCGACCUACCACGAGCAGUACCACUUUGAUCGCAAGUUCUUCCUCUGUAGGAUCCUGGAAAAGCUACUGGGCAGUGUCGCUGUUAAUGCCUACGCUGUCUACGUGUCCAGAGCUCGAGGUCGACCCCAACAAGGAAACACGCGUCAAGUCGUCAAUCAUGUCUUACACCCAUACUCAGAGCCCUUCUCCCAGAGGUAUUUCCUGCCAAUUGGUGAGAUGACUGGAGACGACGCUGCUAGCAUGUUGGCGUUCUAUCGCCAGUCUGUGGAACCCAUCGCCAAUCAUUUCGCGGCCUGGAGACUUCAUCAAUUUGAGAUCAUGUGUCAAGGAGCUCGCGAUGAACCUAUCCGUUAUGACCCCAACAAUGCCGAUGUCGAUUCCGUGACAAAUACUGAGUGGACUCGGCUGGCGCGAGCCACGUAUCGUUACCAGCUGCUCUGUCAACUCACUGGCCCAGGUACUAAAUCCGACAAACCAAAAGUAGACGCCGUGUUGGCUCUACUCCGUGUUUUGGAGCCGUGGGAGGUCGAGGAACUUGAAUGCUUCCUCGAAUUUGUACGGAAGACGUACGCAAAAGUGUUCGAUGACAUCCGCAAGGACCUACACCCAGACAACCCUGAUUUUAUCGUCUACCCGCACUCCCUCCUACCCCAUGGAGUAACUCUUGACCUCAAUUAUGUCAUACAAUACGACGAACAGUGCUACGAGGGAACAUCGCUGCGCGGCCUCUCGCUAUUGGGUAAGGUCCUGUUCGAUAUCCAGGACCACCAGGUUCUUGUCUCCACCAUGUGGGAGAACAUUACCAAGUCUUGGAUACCCCUCAACGACGAUGAAGGAGUCUUUGGUCCCGAGAUGCAGCACCGCCGACGUCAAUACGACCCCUCUGAGAGGGACCGGAUGGAAGCCGAUCGAGUCUCCCUGCCCUUCCGUGGCGACGGCGAGCCAGAUGGCCCACCCCUGGGCUGGACACUGAUUUGGGGUGGCACCUACAUCAAUCUGUACGGUCACUACAUUCCUGAGAUACGAGAGUGGGGAUUCGUCUUCUGGGAUGCUUGGAGGCUGGAUGCCAUGGAUGGCGAGGAGCUGCUGAGGCAGCAGUGGGAGGAAUGCUGGGGAGAACACACCUUUCCCGGAUCGAGGCCCACAUAA